GGAAACAAAUAUGGAGACACCACCUGCAGAGGGGAUUCGGCUUCGGUAAUUGUCAGCAACCAGUCUGCAAGUUCGUGACUGCCUAGAGACUAGUGACUUGCGGCGCGUCGUUGCGCUACCGGACCAUGGGCGUCGCGGGCGCUGCGCGCGCGAACAAGUUCCCUCCCGGCGCUCCGUGCGCCAUUCCCUCGCAUCCUCGGCGCCUCAGACCAGCUCCUGCGUUUAUCGAUAGUAGGAGACUUUGGCGCAGAUCGCCCUGAGUUCGUUAUUGAGGUCGUGAUUUGGAUAAUACGCGCCUUGAAGCGGAGCAUACAGCAUCAUCGUUAGACAACGCCACGAGUCGAGUGCAAGACCACGUAAGACCGCAUACGACUGCAUAAGACCGCGUAGCACCACGUCCUUGCGCCCGACGAAUUCCCAAUCCUGGGCCAAGUAUCCCUGAGCUCGUUUGCGGCGGUUUGCCUCCCUCCGCCUCGCUCCUCGGCUACCAUCGAUUGCUUCUAAACCUCCGUUCCCAGUCGACGCAGAAAACGCCACGAGGCGUGUUCGCUUUCCACGGUUUUCGUUUAGCCUCGAAGGCCUCCCAUCUCCCCAUAGCUCAUCGAGUCGUCCGCCAAGUUACCUGGUUACCAGAUUGCGCCGCAAGCUUCUCUGAGAGCUCCCCUUCGCCAGCUCCGUCCUUCGUGGCCUCCCCUCGCUUCACGAUCUGCCCCCUCUUCACCCACCCUCACCCACCGUCACCCACCCUCACCCACCCUCACCCAACUCGCUGCAAGAUACUGCUGCGAGAUAUUCUCACCUGCCUCUGCUGCAAGAGACUACCGCUAGCUGCAUGUCUUCUCCGAGCUCGCACCUCCGCUGAGCCAAUCCAAUCCAACUAAAGACCUUUUCGCCCUCAGGUCGUCUGAAGAGCGAUGGCAGCGAGCAGCAGCGGCGUGGAUGCUCUCGAGCGGAACCUGGUCGACUGCCAGCAGAGGAGGCAGCAGGCAGAUGCUGCGCUUACUCAGCUGCUCGCACAAGCCCUGCAGCAGCUGUGCAGCCAGUCAGCCGAAGCCACGUCACUGCGGGGAAUGCUGGAUGCGAUGCGAGCAGUGAACGUGAAGCUGGCGGCACAGAUCAAGGGAUUUGAGAAGGCGGAAGCUAGAGUGAAGGAGCUUGAGGGGCUACUGGCGGCGAGAGCGAGGGAGCAUGAGAUGCUGGUUGCGCUGCAAGCAGUGAAUGGGGAGCUGCUGGUGCGGGUCAAGGCGCUUGAGAAGGCGGAGGAGAGGCUGCAGGAAAACGCAAGGGAGGCGGGGGGUUUGAAGAGGAGGGUUAGGGAGUGUGAGAGUCUGCUGGGUGUGAGAACGAGGAGCCUAGAGGAACUAAGUGCCGAAGUGGAGAGAUUCGAGGAGGCUGGGAAGGUGCAAGCGAUGAUGAUGUUGGCGCAGGAGGCGAGGGUAAAGGAGUGUGAGGGUUUGCUGGAGGAAAGGGCGAGGGAAAUAGAGAAACUGGUAUUUGAAGUGGAGAAAUGCAAGGAGGUUGGAAAGGUGGUAGCGAGGGAGCUGGAUGCAAAGGAGGCGAGGGUAGAGGAGUGCGAGGGUUUGCUGGCGGAGAAGGCGAGGGAAUUAGAGGGACUGAAAAGCGAAGUGGAGAAGUACAAGGAGGCUGGGAAGGUGCACGAGAUAGGAAUGGAUGCUCAGAAGGCCAGGUUAAAGGAGUAUGAAGGUUUGCUGGAUGUGAGAACGAAGGAAGUAGAGAGAUUGAAAACCGAAGUCGAGAAAUUGCAAGAGCUUGGGAAGGUGCAAGCGACAGAAAUGGAUGCCAAGGAGGCGAGGUUGAAAGAGUAUGAGGGUUUGCUGGAGGAGAGGGAGAGGGUUUUCAAGACACUGUACACCGAAGUGGAGGCUUAUAAGGAGGAUGGGAAGGUGCAAGCGAGAGAGAUCGGUGUUAUGGAGGCGAGGUUGAAAGAGUAUGAGGGUUUGCUGGAGGAGAGAACGUGGGAAUCUGAGAGAUCGAAGAUUGAAGCAGAGAAAUACCAAGAGGUUGGGAAGGUGCAAGGGAUAGAAAUGGCGGCUAAAGAGGCGAGGUUAAAAGAGUGCGAGAGUUUGCUGGAGGAGAGGGCGAGGGAAAUAGAGAGACUGGACACCGAAGUGGAGAAGUACGAGGCUGGGAAGACGCAAGCGAUAGAAAUUGAUAUGAUUGAUAAGGAGGCGAGGUUGAGAGAGUGUGAUAGUUUGCUGGAUGUGAGAACAAGGGAAUUGGAGGAGUUGGAAGUGGAGCUGAGGGGAUGUGAGAGACAGCUUGAGAAUCUGCAAGGGGCAGCAGAGGAGGCUGAGGUGAUGGAGGCGAGGGCUAGAGUUUAUAAACACCUUCUGGAGGAGAGGGCGGAGGAAUUUCAGAAUCUGAACGCCCGAGUGAAGGGGUAUGAGGAGGGGGUUGAGAAGCUGCAAGCGGGAGCAAGGGAGGCUGAGAAUGUGAAGAAGCAGGAUGCGGAGUGGCAAGAUCGGUUGAAGCGGCUGAGCAGGGAGGUGGUGCAACUGCAGCGGCGGGUGAAGGAGCCUGGAUGGCUGGUGAAGAAAGUGAAGGAUGUGGGCACGGAGAUUGAGGAGAUGACGCAGCAGCGGAAUGGGUUGCGGCAGCAGCUGAGGAACACCCAAGAGCACAGGGGGAGGUUGCGGCAACAACUGAUGGAAAUUCAAGUCCUGUGCCCCUCAGGUGCUGCGUGACUGCUUGGGAGAUCUCAGCAGAGUGCCAGCAGAGGGAGUCCCGCAGCUAGUGAGCGCCAUCAGCAGCCACAUACAGCCGGUGCUGGAGCAGGAGGAGGAGGACUUGGUGGAAGUCAACCCAGAGCCCAAGCUAGGGGAGGUCAUGAGGCUGCUGGGUGACACCAUCCGGGCACUGCUUGCUGCAGCUAUCAGGAGAUGAGGUAGACACGACAGUCGCUGAAUGGGAACUCUUUUGCAACCACGUUACUUUCUUGAGAUUGUUCACUCCAACCCUACCAUGCGUGACGACAUGCAUGCAGUGGAUCUUUUGUAGUGCAGGCACCUUCCUUAUGUACAUAAAGCAUUCUACAACAAUGCAAUUUCACAAUCCUAUGGGACUAUAAGUGUGAGAGCUCGGAGUGUACUGGCGCGCUAUAUCUAGCGUAAUCCUGCCGUAAUCCCUUAAAGCCAAUAGCCUCGCGUGGCUAUACUCAGGGU